UCUCCCACCCUCGGCUCUUCUAUUUGCUCACUGUGCCCUCAUCCUCGGUGCGGCUUGUGUCUCUGCCUACUCCUGUGCGUAAGGGCGCACCGAUGGAUAUGUAAAGUGAUGCACUCCUGAAAAACACGAAGUCCGAGCCUGCAAAUGCCUUUAUGAAAAAAAAACACGCAUAGAUGCGCAGCACAGAGCGCGCGUUGGAGAGCAGUUGGCUAGAUUAAGUCAAGUUCAUUCAACGGAGAUCUAUUUUAUUCUGCGCGGUCUUUUUUUGUUUGGAUGAUGAUGUUAAUAAAGAUGUUCAUCAGCGCGGAUGACGGUGCGUUGCUAUUUGGAUGUAUGUUUCUGGACUUUUCAGCAUGUCAUGACCGUGCGCCUUUUUUCCUCUCUCCGAGUCUUUUCGUUUCUGCGUGAAGUUGAACGGAGGAGAAAGCACGAUGAGAGGGAAAUACUUUCUCCUCGGCUUCUUGUUGCUCAAACUUAUGGCUCUCGUGUGCAAGGCUGACGGGGAGCCAGGACUGCUCGGAGGAUUCGUAAUGAUAACCACCUCCAACGGCUCCAGGGAGGAGGAGAGCGUGUCCGAGGAGACCCCACACACGGAGGACCAAUGUCGGGGUUACUACGACGUGAUGGGCCAGUGGGACCCGCCGUUCGUCUGCAAAACGGGCAAUUAUCUGUACUGCUGCGGCACCUGUGGCUUCCGCUUCUGCUGCUCCUAUAAGCACUCGCGGCUGGACCAGAGCACCUGUAAAAAUUAUGACACCCCGGUGUGGAUGAAGACUGGACAGACUCCCUACAAAAAAAUCAACAAGCACGACCCCACCAAAGACAAGACGAACUUAAUUGUUUACAUCAUAUGUGGAGUAGUGGCCAUUAUGGCUCUUGUGGGGAUUUUCACCAAAUUGGGGCUGGAAAAGGCGCACCGGCCUCAGAGAGAGAACAUGUCCAGGGCCGUGGCCAGCGUGCUGCAGGGCGGGUGUCCAGGUGAGCAGUAUCGGGGGGAGGAGUCUCUAGGGAUGCAUUCGCAGCACUUUGUUUCCAGGGCCACAAACCUCCAGGGUGGUCAGAUCAACAACAACAUGGGACCGGGCUCAAACAUGGGCCAGCAGCACCCAUACCCUGCCCUCGGCCAGCUGGCUCAUGUCUACGAACAACAGCAACAGCAGCAACAGCAGCAGCAGCAGCAGCAGCAGCAGCAACACCAGCAGCAGCAACAGCAGCAGCAGCAAAACAAGGAUAUCAACAAGUACGCCUCCCUGAAGGCUGUGGCUGCCAAGUACAACGGUGAAAUCUACAAGCGUCGGCUGAUGGUGGAGCUGCCAACGAAGGGUGGGCUUCCGCUCCAGCCCAUGGGCAACUCCAGGCCCUCCAUGGGCAACAUGUCAUCAAUGACUUCUCAGAUGACUACCAACCCCAUGGCUUCAAACCCAAUGACCUCCAAUCACAUGAACCCCACCAUCACCCAGAUGACCUCCAUGACCCAAAUGACGUCUAUGAUGCCCAUGACCUCUAUGACACCGAUGACCUCCCUCACCCCGAUGUCCUCCAUGACCCCUAUGACCUCCCUGGGUCCACUGACUCCAGAGCCAGUGGCCACCUAUGUCACAGAGAUGCCUAGCAUCUCCUCUGUCUCAACCCUCCCGACAGAACGGCACAUAGCUGGUGGUGGAGGAGGUGGGGGACUCAAGCCAAAUGGCCAGAAACCGAAAGGCAGUCAUGGUCACGUUGCCCACAGCUCUCACAGCUCUCACAGCUCUCACACUCAUGCUCACAGCCACAGUAGCAAGCCGCCAGGACUCGGGGCUACCUCCCUGGCACACAUGGCGGGGACCAUGCCAGGUGGCAUGUCCCUGGGCAUCUCCAGGGCCGCAGAGACCGCCAUUGGCUCCAGCUCUGCUACAAUGGGCCGCCCAUUGGCGUACAGUUCCAACACAAUCGCAGCUGGGCAUACAAUGGGGCUGGGGCUGAAGGGCUGGGAUGGGACUGAGACGGUGGGCCGGAGGAAGACCUACGGGCACAAGAGGCCUCAGUGUACCGUGCUGGAGCCCAACCAGCUACACAGCACCAGAAACCACAGCCACAGCCACCACUUCCUCCCCACACAGCCCUACUUUGUGACCAACAGCAAGACAGAGGUGACUGUGUGAGAGAGGAAGAAAGGGAGAAAAAGAGGGGGAAAGGAUGCAUGUGGAGUGGUGGCACAAGUAAUCUCUGACCAACUCCUGACGUGGUCAAAGGUGCAGAUUUAUGUGUGUGUUUGUGUGGCUAAUUGGUAUACUGGUGAAUGUGGUGGGACAGUAACACUGUGUCUGAGCAGCCCUCGUAUCACAUACAGAGUUCACCAAUCAAAUCACUGAACAGACCAUUGUUGUCAAGAGGUUGGUGGCAUCUGUAACCAUAACUUCAAAAAGGCUGCAGAGCAGGGAUGUCCGUAUGAUAUUAGAGUGUUGUCAGACAGCUAAUAUCUACUCAGUAAUGAUAAUGAGCACAGUGCAACAACACACAGAGGAUAAAUUGAGAAACUGAUAAUAAUAAAAUGGAUUGGCAUCAUGGGAAAGAAGAAACACAGCAGGUUUACCCACAAACCUCACAACAAGAGAUCUGCUCAUCUGCCCAACAAAGCGUUGAAUUGUUUGGAAGAAAUAACAUUCCCUCGUGACUCAACCCCAUAUCUCUUGAGGGCUUUGAAACCGACACACAUGAUGAAGGUGCUGGGCUUUGGACUGCAGACAUGCAGGGCUUUGUACUGUGGUUAUUCAGAAGCGCCUUCAUAAGCUCUGCAGCUGAAGGUUGCCCUUUUCCACAAGCUCCAGCACAGAGAAUGGAGGCUGUCACACUGGCAUUGUUCUGGUCUGAUCUUGUCUGUGUGGUGACAGCUGGCCCAGAGGAGGGAUAAGGAGGCAGGGAGGCAGCAUCUGGAUGUUGCUGCAGCAAGCAGAGGCUCCUUGGAGCACAAUUCUCAUACACACACACACACACACACACACACACACACACACACAGAAACUUAUACAGUAGAAAUACCGCACACCAGGGUUUGACCAAUAUAAUGUUUUAAAGAAUGAUACCAAUAAUUUUAUAUUCAAGGUAUAGAUGGCUGAUCCUUUUUGUUUCAUUUGUGCAUUUGGGAUUGGGAUGACCCACCUUAUCCAAUCAAUGAGAGUUUGGGACACAUAAAUACUUUAGAAAAAAAUAAAUUAGAAAAUGAUUUGCAAAAGGGUUGCACAAUUAAAGGAUUAGUUUGACAUUUUGGGAACUACCUGUAUUUGCUUUUUUGCCAAGAGUUAGAUGUCAAGAUUGAUACCACUUUUGUGUCUGCAUGUCAAAACAUGAAGCUACAUUCACAGUCUAUUAGCUUAGCUUAGCACAGAGACUGGAAACAGGGGGGAUCAGCUAGCCUGAUUCUGCCCAAUAGUACAAUAACAAAAUCUGCCUACAAGCUAACUAAUUAAUAUGUUAAAUCUACAUUGUUUAAUCUGAACAGAAGUGUAGAAAGGACAUUUUAUGGUUUUAAGGGAGUUGAUGUGGCAUUUUUUACAGGCAAAGUAACUUCCUGAAAUCUUAUUGUCAAGCAACAAAAUGUCAAACUUUUAGAAAGUUUUAAAAAUUGCAAAAAAGAAAGCUGUUUAGUGUAGUUUUGGUCAGGAAUGGCCUUGAUCAUAUUGGAAGUGUACAAAAUGACUUGUUAAAUGAAAAAUGCAUAUGUAUUAGUUUAAGGUGAAUAAAGUCUGCAAAGUAUGGGUCAACUGGAAAACUAUAUGUUAACAUAUUUAAACAUAUUUUAUUAGAUGGAACUAAUGAAAUAUUUGACUUCUCAACAUUUUAUUUCUGCACAGAUUUUGCAUAGGAUGUUAUGCUUCUCUAGUUUUAGACAAAAGCAAGAAACUACUGUGAAAAGUGGGUGUAACAGAACUAAAAAUACCACAAUUUUUUUGCUGGUAAUGGAAAGACACUGCCACGAGAAACUAGGCUUGAUUAGAUCACUCACUGUACUCAAGCUCUAGCUGAAAAAAUAACAUCAAAACCAGCAGGAUAAAAACUAUCUGGCUUACAUGACUCAAACAUAAAAAUAAAUCCUUAAGUCUGACAAAUAGGCCAAAUCUUCUAAGGGCUUAUCUGAGCCUAUUUGCUUGUUUUGUAAUGACGUGAGACUUAUUAGCAGCUGCAGCCAGAGUUAUCAUUUUGACCUUGUUGUCACCUUGUUGUAAGUGCUGCUUCCACCUCUAAGACCCUCUUUGCACUUGGGAUAAACAUGCAUUUUAAAUGAACAGAUUGUGAUCAGAUAAAUUAAAAUAAAAAUCAGAAUGCACCCAAGACACAGUGUGGAAAGAUUAUAAUUGGAUUGCUGGAGGUGGUCAGUAUUUUCCGUAAGUGUAAAUACAGUUAUGUCUUGGAAAUGUGUGUGCAGCUCCAACUGAAGCACAAGUACAAAAGGCGAUGGGCAAUUUCACACCAACAAACACAGAUUGUUAGGACAUUUUUGGAUAGAGAACAAGCAAGCAUCAAGCAUCAAUUGUCCAUUUUAAAGUAUGUAAGUAUGAUAGGAAGAGGUGUACAUGACAAUCUGUGUUGAGAAAAAGACAGUGGAUUUCAGUGUGACACAUUUUAUUGGAAGCUGCAGCAGAGCUACACUGUGUUUGGGUACACUGUGUAUCCAGACUGCAUGUAGAUCUGAGGUGCA